AUGAUCUUGGCAAACGCCUUCUGCAUCGUCCUCUUCGUAGAUGAGACCCUCCGCUCGCUGGCCGCCCCCCCGUCCCCCCCAGGGCAGGACCCGCAGGGCUGGCGGGCGCCCGUGGACUGCGUGCGAGCCAACGAGCUGUGCGCGGCCGAGCCCAGCUGCAGCUCGCGGUACCGCACGCUGCGGCAGUGCCUGGCGGGGCGCGACAGGAACACCAUGCUGGCCAACAAGGAGUGCCAGGCGGCGCUGGAGGUGCUGCAGGAGAGCCCCCUCUACGACUGCCGCUGCAAGCGGGGCAUGAAGAAGGAGCUGCAGUGCCUUCAGAUCUACUGGAGUAUACACCUCGGGCUGACCGAAGGAGAAGAAUUUUAUGAAGCUUCCCCCUACGAGCCGGUCACCUCUCGUCUCUCUGAUAUAUUCAGACUCGCUUCAAUUUUCUCAGGAAUGGACCCGGCCACCAACUCCAAAAGCAACCACUGCCUGGACGCGGCCAAAGCCUGCAACCUGAACGACAACUGCAAGCGCCUGCGCUCGGGCUACAUCUCCACUUGCAGCAAGGAGAUCUCGGCCACCGAGCACUGCAGCCGGCGGAAAUGCCACAAAGCCCUGCGCCAGUUCUUCGACCGCGUGCCCAGCGAGUACACCUACCGCCUCCUCUUCUGCUCCUGCAAGGACCAGGCUUGCGCCGAGCGCCGGCGGCAGACCAUCGUCCCCUCCUGCUCCUACGAGGACAAGCACAAGCCCAACUGCCUGGAGCUGCGCAACGUGUGCCGGGCCGACCACCUCUGCCGGUCCCGGCUGGCUGAUUUCCAUGCUAAUUGCCAAGCCUCCUUCCAGUCCCUGACGAGCUGCCCCGGGGACAACUACCAGGCGUGCCUGGGCUCCUACGCAGGGCUCAUCGGCUUCGACAUGACGCCCAACUAUGUGGACGCCAGCACCACCAGCAUCACAAUCUCGCCCUGGUGCUCCUGCAAAGGCAGCGGCAACCUGGAGGAAGAGUGUGAGAAGUUCCUCAGGGACUUCACGGAGAACCCCUGCCUCCGAAACGCCAUCCAGGCCUUCGGCAACGGCACCGACGUGAACCUCACCCCCAAGAAGCCCUUGCUCCCCAUCACCGUGCUGCCCAAGACGGAGAAAACCCCGUCCCUGCCCGAUGAGAUCAACUACAGCAACACCAUGUACGACACGAGCGUCAUCACCACCUGCACCUCCAUCCAGGAGCACGGACAGAAGCUAAACAAGUCCAAAGAGCAGAGCCUGUGCUACUCAGAGACCCAGCUGACCACGGACACCAUGCCAGACCAGAAGACCUUCGUGGACCCCAAGGCAGGCGGCAGCCGGCACUGGGCGGGCCGGAUCCUGCCCGCCGUGCCCAUCCUCCUCCUGGUGCUGGUGCUAUAG